GUCACAAGUACAUGCUUUCGUAAUUGGAUUUAUCACAAAGAAGUCGCAAUCAGUUUAAAACUAUACAGAUCUUCAGGCUCUAUCUACAUUCGCUGUGAGAAGAUACAAUUGCCUCCGUGCAUAAUUUCUCAUUGACAGAAACGCUGCCCUUGUCAAUAUUUUCACUCUUCGUUUCAAGUUCAGUAAAAAUCAACAUAUACAUCGUAAAAUGUCUUAUACAAAUUUCUCGAUAGCGGUUCUUAUGGGAGAAAUUGACAAAAAGCCAGAAGAAAGAUCCUUUACAACCAACAACAGAAGAUCACUGAAAAUCAAAGAUAACAAACUCGCCCUUCAUACAGAAGGUAAAGAAGUCUUGACUUCAAAUGCACGUGUAGCAGCGAAAGACAACGAUGGCCUUCGCGGAAAACGUGACAUAGACGACGAGUGCAUGGAGUCAACACAACGGAAACGUACGAGUUUUUCCCGCCUUCAACAACGUAUGCUAGAGGCUAGAUUUCAACGGUCCCCUUAUCUCACCAUCCAGGAGCGCAACACCUUGGCGAACUUCUUGGAGUUGAAUUCGAGACAAGUUAAGGUUUGGUUUCAGAACAGAAGAAAUAAAUGGAAGCGAGAGAAUCGUGGUCAGCUUUUGCUUCAACCUUCAAUGGAAAUGUUUCAAUACGCUAGCAAGACAACGACAUCGCCACCAUAUUUGAUAGACAAUUAUUUUUCUUGUGCUUCCAUUCAGAAUCCAUUUACGCAUCUCUAUUACAACAAUCAUGAAUAGAAAAUUACUCAAAGCCACAGUGAGAUGAAUUGGGAUCUUCAUUGACCAAUUUUCAAUUAUACUCCAACAUGAUUUUCUCAGGUGCGGGUUUAUUUGUGCCUCUCUUUUAGUUAUAAAAUCUUCUCAUUGUCCAACAAGCUUAUUGAACUUAUUUUAGGAGCCGUGUUAUCAACAAACAUUCAUUGUCUAGUUUGUAAAAUAUGAAAUAAAAGUGAGCAUUUUCAUGUGAGAAAUUAAAAGGCAACAUGAAUGACAA